UAACACACCCAGUGAGGAUUUCACAGCAGACAGCACAGUCCUCGCUAACAAACACGAAGUCAGCUAUGUCGUAUGAGAAGCAGACUGAUGAAGUUGUUGCCACUGCCAAAUUUGGAGACCUGAUAGAGUUUUCCUACCCCAUCGGAUAUUCACACUGGGGAGUGAAUGAUAGAGAUGGAUAUGUCAUCCAUUUUGCUGUCUCAGAUGAGGGGAAGCUAAUGAACACAAUACGGGCCAACCUACAGAGAGCCUUACCGAGUGGAGAUCUUCUUCUGGGUGUGACCAAGGUCUGCAGCAUGCUGAUCAAAGAUGUGACAGUCCCAACAGGGGCCAGCAUCCGCAUCAAUAACCACCACGACUUCGAUGCAUCAUCGCCGGAGGACAUGAGGCGAUGUCUGAAUGCCCUUCUUGGUCAGGACUUCUCAUAUCAUCUCCUCAAUCUCAACUGUGAGCACUUUGCCACCUUUGUACGCUAUGGGAAAGCUGUGUGCAACCAGAUUCCUUUCAAAGCCGGCGAAUGUGUGGAGGCAACCAAAACCUUCCAGGAAACUGUCAACUCAUGGCAAGUUUAUUUAUAUAUCGCACCUUUGAGAAACAAGGCAAUUUAAAGUGCAUCACACAAGACAUGGAG